AGUAGUUAGCCAUGGAGGUGUCUUUGUUACCGGCAGAGAGUUUGUUGGUGGCACCUGACCAACGACUCCGGAGUUGUACACAGGGUGGUCUGUGUUUAAGUUCGCCUGUUUGCGAAGGAGACAAGACCCGAAGCUGCACACAGGAGGCAUCUUUGAUUGGCACUUCCAAGUGGCAGAAACUGAGUCUAGAUGAAGGCGUGAAGGAGAAGUCUCUCUCAGGGACUUCGAAGCUUUUGCCCAGUCUUGGUGACGAGGGCAACGCAAAGACGGUGAAGCUUCAAAGUUAUGACUCGUCAGUAACCAUGAAGGAGGCUUUGGCCGUGUUGAAGGAAGCCGCUAUCGACGUCCCGACCGGCCCGACCGAGGCGCUGAAAACUGAUGCAGACAUGACCAACUCCACAGAAGUCACCAAGGAGCCAUUGCAGCCUACCGUUGAGACAAUCUCGCCAGAGGUUUCGCUCGUAAUGACCGAUGCUGGUCGAAGUGUCCAUGCUGAAGAGGUUGCAGAACUGAGGGCCUUGCUUGAAGAGGCCAUUCAGGACGAUGGCAAAGACCAGGAGAAGAGUCCAAAAACUCUUUGGUUGGAAGAGGCAGUCCGUAAAACUGCUGAACCCAUGCCGAGUGUUGGCAUUGUGGGAUGCAAUCCUUCCAAAGCUGAAGGAAUGGAGGCACUGAUCAAGUCUGCGAACGUCAGAGCAGCUCCUGCACCGUCUGAGGACUUGUACGACUCCACAGAACAACCGUUGCACGAGAAGAGUCACACGUGGCGAGACACCGAGCACGGCGAGCACGGCGAGCGCGGACCAGACGUCUCCAACGUCUCUUGGGCCGUAUCCAGCGCCAUGGAUAGCUUGGCAUAUAGCCACUCGGAAGGAGGCUACAGCCGCUCGCUUGAGCAGUCUGAGGUUAAAAGUCCGACGCGAAAACCCGGUACCCCCAAGUCCGCCAUUGCCCUGGAUGAUCAGAAAAUGAAGGCAUUCGCAUCUGCGGUGCAAGGGGCCAAGGGCCUUGGUGAGGACCUGCAGAAGGAUCUUCUAGAACUUCUUCAUGCUCUCCCAGGUUGCAAAGCCUGAGCCCCGUCCCGCCCUGUGCAUGUGAAGCAGACUGGUAGGAUUUUGUAGGAUUUGGUAGGACAUGUGCCUUGGGAAGAAUCCGUUGCAGCAGGCGCUUUAUUGAAAUUCUCAGGGUCCUCAAACCUGGACCCAUAGAGCUCCCAGGAGUGUUGUGUACGACAUGGACAUGGUUUUGCUGUGCGCAGCAUGAUGUAUA